AUGAACCGUACUAAACAAGACGUCGGCGAUCCGUUAAUACAACAUUUACGAAGAAACACCAAGACAACGAAAACAUGGGCUUGCAUCUACUGUCCGGAUAGGGCAAUACUCCUUUCGAAAUCUGAUUUGUGGAUGCAUGCACAAAACAAUCACCAGGACAAGCUCCCAAGCACACCAGAAAAGUCCAAACAAUUCCGUAAAUCAUGCGAAGUGAAUUCUGUCUUGAAAUAUCCCACAAGAUUAUGCGAAAAAGGGCAUCUACACGAUGAAGCAACAACAGAAGGUCGGUCAAACAAGAGGACAGCUGAAGGGGGUGGUAUACCAGUCGAUUUAGUAUCACCGUUCCGUGAAGACUUGGAGAUUCCUCCGCCUCCGCCUCGAAAAUAUCGUGCCAAACAGCGCCAUGAUAAUGAAAGUCCCCACAGUGGGCCACGAUUCCCGUUCGAAGAGGAUAAAUUCUAUUCUCAGCGAGAAACAAGACCUAUAACACAAGAAGAGCUCGUAGCAGAAGUCAAAGGUUUUUAUGCUAAUCUCGUAAUGGUCGAAGCCAAGCCCAUCGAGGUUGAUGAAGGGCCGUGGCAAGCUCUCAUUAAAAUGCUUCAUACUUUAUCUGAACAGCCUCUUAGCUUCUUUAGAGGCUGUCAUCGUUUUCCUGAUAUUCCUAAUUUACGUAGACUAGCAUCAGAAUUUGCUAUACCUGCUGAAGUGUGGCAGCGUGGUACAUCUUCCUUGCUCAAGUUCAUCGGAAAUAUGCCACCUAUCCCAUAUGAUACAACGCUUGUGUUGGAAUUCAUGACACUUUUCACCAUGGCUAAAGAGUAUGACCUGUUUGAAGAUUUGGGUUCCAGCCCUGGUGACGAAGAGGAACACCAUGAGCUGUCACUUAGCCUCAAAGAACGAAAAGAACGAACACCAUGUAGAGCUCGUGAAAUUCUUCCCAACAAGAUUUGGAGCCACAAUCUAUCAUCGCCCCGAAAUAAACCAACGAAUGAAUCCACGAAACAUCGCGACAAUGAGGUUCACAAUGCUAAGCUAAAAACACACUCAGGUCGAGCAAGGAGUAAGGAACCAUCGCCAAAAGGUCUUCUCCUGACACUCACCAGCCUCCUGGGUACUUUGCUCGCCGCUCUUGGCCAUAAAAAAGGACUUUUUACAAGUCUCCUCAUGGCAAGCGUUGUCAGCGACGUAUCGGGUAGGGCAAUACCGCCCGAGAAUAGCGAGACAACGAUAUCGCCGACAUUUUCUAGCGAUUCAAACCCAUUCCAAAGCCUGAUAGACAAGAACAAACUCUUGUUGGAUUGGAGUUACGAAGCAGGUACCGCAAUGUUUUUAAUUAUCGCAUGCGCGCUUAUCCGAAGAUACUUUUGCAAAGAAGAGCAGAAUCGACUUCUGAGCGCUACAUGUAUGGCUGCUUCAACAUCUCUCUUCGCAUAUCUCCGCGAUCGCGAAGAUAUAACGGGUGGGGUCCUCGCAGGUGUAUCUUUUGCGGGAGCUGUCUUUACUUGGAACACAUUUUCUAUGGGGGUCAAGAAAUAUAAUUUUGGUGCCCCCUAUAUCAUCUUUGGCAUGAUUCUUGGGAUGGCAAUUCUUUGGAGAGGAUAUCCGUACAUACAGCCUUUUAUCGGCUCUGUAAAGAUUGAUGUAUUCAUCUUACCAUCCAUCACAUGUUCGUUUUCGAUACUAGAGAUGGUAGUGAAAAUUCAUGACGAUAUAAUCCGCUGGAUUAGACGGUAA